UCACCUCCUGGAGAGUAUGACCGGUUCCUCAAGUAUCAGCAUGCGUGAUGAUCUGAUGUAAUCCUCUAGCUGUUUUACGUCUUGUAAACAUCUCCCACUUCUAUAUAUCGCUAAUUUUAUGCGAAAUGGAGAAGAUUUUUCUACCUGUCGUAUCUAAAUUAAGCAGGAUUUGUACCUUGACAGUAGAUUUGCAGAUGGAUCGAAUAGCAGACACAAAAUCCGGUUCAAAGGAGGUAACCACGGAGGUUUCAUCGUCGAAAACGCCAUCACCAGCUAAAUCUCCUCCGGUCAAAAAUAAUAUGAAUGGGCAUGUUAUGACAACGAAGAAAACGGCAGAGGGUCUAGCUGGACUGUAUGACUCGGACGACGAUGACUCGAACAUGAAAGGUGGAGGUCUUGAUGCGUUGUUCUUAGUCAGAAAUCAGCCAGAGGAAAUUGAGAAAUAUGUACUCCAUCUGCGGAAGAUGUUACUAGAAGGCGAAGGCGAAGCAGUUGUUGAGCUUGGUGUUCCCAUAGAACAGGGUGGAAAAGCAUCUGGAAUCCCAUUGAAAGACAUGGAAACCGCUGUUGCCAAUCAUAUCAAGGCUCUUGAAAGUAUUCCUGCCAUAGGUACAAAAAUAGAGACUAGAACGACCGGUGACAAAUGCACGGAGGUUUGGAUCGUUCGUGAUCCUCCGAUGAACGAAGAUUUUAUAGAGGUUCGAGUAGCAGUAGUGGGCAAUGUAGAUGCAGGUAAAUCGACCUUACUUGGGGUACUAACUCACAGUGUCCUUGAUGAUGGCAGAGGUCUGGCUAGGACUAAACUCUUCAGGCACAAGCACGAAUUCGAAUCUGGACGAACAUCAUCUGUGGGCAACGAUAUUCUUGGCUUCGAUGUACACGGCAAUGUGGUUAACAAACCAGAUAAACAUAAUAAUAACCUCGACUGGGUGCAGAUCAGCAGAGACUGCAGUAAGCUGAUAACCUUCAUUGACCUAGCUGGACACGAAAAAUACCUCAAAACCACGAUAUUUGGAAUGACUGGGCAUAUGCCUGAUUAUACUAUGCUCAUGGUCGGUGCAAAUAUGGGCAUAAUCGGUACCACGAAAGAACAUCUGUCAUUAGCCCUCUCGCUGUCUGUGCCUGUCUUCAUUGUGGUCACCAAAAUUGAUAUGUGCCCACCACAGAUUCUUGAGGAAACUAUGAAAAAUAUUGGGCGGCUAGUUAAGAGUGCGGGAGCUCGGAAACUUCCCGUAAUGGUUCGUAACACUAAUGAUGUAAUUCAUGCAGCUGUAAAUUUCCCAAGCAAGCGAGUAUGUCCUAUAUUCCAAGUAUCGAACGUAGAAGGCACCAAUCUCGAUCUACUCAGGCAGUUUUUGAACAUAGUUCCGCUGAGAAGAACUCUUUGCGAGAAUGAUCCAGCUCAUUUCCAGAUUGACGAUGUCUACUGGGUAGAAGGUGUCGGUACUGUGGUGUCGGGUACCGUACUGUCAGGAACAAUCAAAGUCAACGACACGUUGUUAUUAGGCCCUAAUUCUGUGGGCGAAUUCAUGCCAUUACCGGUCAAGUCUAUCCAUCGGAAGCGAAUGCCUGUAACAAGUGUUCGUUGUGGACAGACAGCGUCGUUUGCUCUUAGGAAAAUUACCAAACGUGAUGUUCGAAAAGGAAUGGUCAUGCUAGAUCCACGAAUGAAUCCCACGGCCAGUAUGAUGUUUGAAGCUGAUAUUUUGAUAUUGCAUCAUCCGACUACGAUAAAGCCCAACUAUCAAGCUAUGCUUCACAUUGGCUCGAUCAGGCAAACAGCGACACUGGUCAGCAUGACUAAGGAAGUAUUACGGACGGGGGAUCGCGAUCGAGUGACAUUUCGCUUUAUACGAUUGCCAGAAUACAUUCGACCAGGAACAAGAAUGGUAUUCCGUGAAGGAAGAACUAAAGCCGUGGGCACAGUUGUAAACGUCAUACCGCAAUCAAGUUUGGCACAACAGAGAGCUAAACUCAAAGAUAAAACGAAUAGAACAUUCGUCAAACGUGGUGGACCAAAACCACCGAAUGGAAAACCCAAACUGGAAGUGAAGGAAUGAGGAAUCUUGGUUCUCCGCGUCGCACUUGUACUCUCAUAAUUACCUUGAAAAGUUGUUGUAUGUAAAACCAAUGAUUAGAUAUUUAUUAGUGUAAACAUAAUAAGGACGAUCUUGAGCAUUUGUCUCCGGGUAAAGUAUAAAUGUGAAUCGACAUCAAGUGC